AUGGAGGCGAAAGAGAGCAAAGACGCGCUAGCAGCGGCAGUACCAACAUCAGCGACAGAGAAGCCAGAAAAGCCAGUGGCUGCAGAGGAAGUACUCGAUGCGCUUUACGAACUAUCGCAGGCGUUGAAUAGCGGGAUAAGCAAGGAGACGCUAUCGAGUAGCCUGGAUGUGAUUGAACAGGGCGUGGAUCCGACGACGCUGGCUGAAACACUCAGCUCUCUAAUUUAA